CCCGUAGCUAGUGUUAGCAACCAGGCUAGCCAGCUAACGCAAGCUGGCUAGCUAAUACACUGUAGGCCUUGAAUAGCUUGUUUAGACUUACGAUAGAGGUAUUGUAAUGUUAAUUAUGGUGAUGCUAUCUGCCUGUAUUGCUUAUCCAAACAGCUAACUUUGAGCACUCUUAUUUUCAGUGACAGUUUUACUAACGAUUGAGCAGCUUCGGUUCACUGCUGAUUAGUUAAGCUCCGCGGUUAGCCAGUCGGUUGAACUAAUUUCGCUGACAGAAGGCUAACAUAAGUUACUAGCUGACUGUAGCUAGUAAUGUCUCUAUCCACCGAUAUACUUGAAACACCUCCUGGAUAUCCGUUUGAGGAAAUCAACUAUGAGGAUAUUGAAGUUGAGGAGGUGGUGGGGAGAGGAGCUUUUGGUGUUGUUUGCAAAGCCAAAUGGAAAGGCAAAGAUGUUGCAAUCAAGACCAUUGAGAGUGAAUCAGAGAGGAAAGCCUUUAUUGUUGAGCUCCGGCAGCUUUCACGUGUGAAUCACCCCAACAUUGUGAAGUUGUAUGGCUCUUGUAAUAAUCCAGUCUGCCUUGUGAUGGAAUAUGCUGAAGGCGGAUCAUUGUACAAUGUGCUGCAUGGUGCUGAACCCCUCCCCUAUUACACUGCUUCCCAUGCCAUGAGCUGGUGUUUUCAGUGUUCCCAGGGUGUGGCCUAUCUCCAUGGCAUGAAACCAAAGGCUCUCAUUCACAGGGACCUCAAGCCACCCAAUCUGUUACUAGUUGCAGGCGGCACUGUGCUGAAGAUAUGUGACUUUGGAACAGCAUGCGACAUUCAGACACACAUGACCAACAACAAAGGAAGUGCAGCAUGGAUGGCCCCAGAGGUAUUUGAAGGCAACAAUUACAGCGAGAAGUGUGAUGUGUUCAGCUGGGGGAUCAUUCUCUGGGAGGUGAUCACUCGCAGGAAGCCCUUUGAUGAAAUUGGAGGACCAGCUUUUCGCAUUAUGUGGGCUGUGCACAACGGCACAAGGCCCCCUUUAAUCAAAAAUUUACCCAAGCCCAUUGAGAGUCUGAUGACUCGCUGCUGGUCUAAAGACCCCUCUCAGAGACCUUCCAUGGAGGAGAUAGUGAAGAUCAUGACUCAUCUAAUGAAGUACUUCCCAGGAUAUGAUGAACCCCUACAAUAUCCAUACCAGUAUUCAGAUGAGGGACAGAGUAACUCUGCAACUAGUACAGGUUCAUAUGUGGACUACACCGGCACCAGCACAAGCAACAAGAGCGACGCAAACAUGGAGCACAGUUAUUCUCAAGGGAGCAAUGACACUAUCAAGAUUACGCCUCAGUUUGCUCCUUACUUCAAGCCAAAGGCAGACCCACUGAGGACUCUGCCUCUGUCUAGGGGAGGCAGUGUUGAGAGUCUACCUGCACGAACACAGUGCCUGGCAUCAUCUGACAGCAAAAGAAUGAGUGCUGACUUGUCGGAGCUGGAGCCCAAGAUGCCAUUUGCACCUGCAGCACGUCCGCAGUAUAAACGAGGCCACCGUAAAACAGCAUCAUUUGGCACCAUUCUGGAUGUCCCCAAGAUCGUCGUUACAGCCACAUGUGAACCUCAGAGACGUCGAUCUGUGCAGGAUCUGCCAGGCAUCGGCACAGAGUCCAGCCAGGGGAGCAAGAACAGCAGCCGGUCCUCCAGUCCCAGUGUGAGAAUGAUGCCACCUGAUAAGACGAGUGGCAGAGGUUACUUCUCCCCUGAUGACCCCACAGACACCAACGGCUCAGACAACUCCAUUCCCAUGGCUUAUCUCACCCUGGAUCACCAGCUCCAGCCUCUCGCUCCCUGUCCGAACUCCAAAGAGUCCAUGGCCGUUUUUGAGCAGCACUGCAAGAUGGCCCAAGAAUACCUGAAAGUGCAAACAGAGAUAGCCCUGCUGAUCCAGAGAAAGAAGGAGCUCAUCGCUGAACUGGACCAAGAUGAGAAGGACCAGCAGAACACGUCCCGUCUGGUGCAGGAGCACAAAAAGCUGUUGGAGGAGAACAAGAGUCUGUCCACAUACUACCAGAAGUGCAAAAAACAGCUGGAGCUGAUUCGGGUUCAGCAACAGAAGAGACAGGGCACGUCGUGAUGAGACAGAGACAUAUAAACUGUUACCAUCCCCUCCCUGCCCUCCCCCCCAUCCUCCUCCUCCUCCUCCUCCUCCUCCCUGCACUAUAACACUACCCACUCUCAUGCUCUGCACACACACACUGUUCCCAGUCCAGCUUUGUGAAGAGACCUGCAUUCUACUGUGUCCUGCAUGUUGCAUUGAAGACCCUUCUGUCCAGACUUCUGUCAAGCAGGAAGAUAACGUCCUCUGUUCAUACUUUUGCACAUCCUCACAGUGUAUGCUGUGACCACAGACCAAACAAUCACUGCAGCCCAUCCUGAUCACCCUGCACCCUGCUGCUGUGCUCCAGGAUGGACCAGCUGCGAUUUUGUCCUUCCGAUACGCUGGCAGGCCGAUGAGUGUGGGUCACGUGUUUCUGUGUGUUUGCUCUCAGGGCCUCUGGGCUGCCUGGUCAGUGUGUGUCUACUCUUCAGCAGCUGACAGCCACACCGUCCUCCAGAAUGUGAAAACCAAGAUAAAGGCUUUUCAGGUGUGAAUAAUAUGCAGAAUUUGAGAUCACGGAGGAUGUUUGAAAUCUGUUUGAAAGUGCGUGCGUGGAAUCCCCGGUAUGCAAACCACACAUCCCUUAGAUCAAUGUAUUUAUCUCCAACAUCUCCCUUUUCUAACGGUGAGCAUGAGCCCUUCCACAGACCACCAUACCUGUUUACUUUUUCAUGGUGUUUGAUGCGUCCAGUGAAGAGAGGGAUGUGCUUCAUGUCAGACAUCACAAAAAAAGGAAUAGUGCAGGGUUUGUGCAAACUUGGAUGUAGAGUUAAUAAUCUGCUCCUCAUGCUUUAUAAACAAAGUACACACCUAGACUUCAGUAUUGUUUUCGUGUGUAGAUGUUUUGUCUUUUCUAUUCUGUAGUUCACUUUGUAUGAUAGCUCUCGUGUCAUUUUCGCAUUAGGACAUAUUUUAUCUGAUCUGGGAAUGCCCUUGCGGACAAAAUAGAGGAGGCUGUACCUCCCUAUACAGUAUCUAGUUUGUUUUUAGUUCACAUGUUGCCUUAGAAGUUGCCUGCAUUAUAAGUGCUUGUUUUAUGUGAAAUUUAGUGGGGAUAAAAGCUAAAAAAAGAAUAUUUUUAAUCUAAUGAACAUUGAAUGAAAUUCUUUCCGGAGAGGAGUGAGAAGGAUCUAUGUCAGUAAGCUGAAAAUGUAAAUGUUUCCUGCCAGCUUUACAACUGUACAUCCAAAACAUGACAUGUACUCUAAAAGAAUGUGAUUUUUUUUUCUGGUCUCAUAUCCCUGAAGUACUUUUGCACAAUCACUUUGUUUUCUCUGGUCAUGGACAAGUUUUAUUUCUCAUUUAAGCAAUUCUGAUUUUAAAAGUGCAAGACUUGAUGAGUCUAACUUUUAAUUGUGUUACUGUAGAGGAGUGAAUCUUAACUGGGUUCUCUUCAAGAUAUUUCUGUUCACAAAGAAUUAUUUACCACUCUCACACCACACUUAAUGAAGUGUUCCCUAAGUUAUUGGGAACUGAGGUACAGUAUGACAGUGAGGAAGGCAUUAUGAAAUAAACUGAACGGUGAAAAGAU